AUGAACACCAUCGACGCAACAGAACACUACGAAACCAGCGCCCACGACCGUCCCCCCUCCCUUCUCACCAUCAUCCUCGACACAAACCCCCACGCCUGGGCACUCCUAUCCCCAACCCUCCCCCUCUCCACCGCCAUCGCCAACAUCCUCGUCUUCAUCAACGCCCACCUAGCAAGCAACUACGCCAACGAAGUGGCCGUAGUAUCCUCCCACACCUCCCAAGCAACAUGGCUAUACCCAGUCGAAAAAUCCUCCAACAACAACAACCUCGACCCCGACGGCGACAUCCCCAUGCCCACCCAACAACCACAACCCCCCAGCACAACAACAACAACCACCAACAUAAACAAAUACCGACCCUUCCGCAUCGUCGAAGAACAAGUCUCCAGCCACCUCCACAACCUAAUGACCCAAACAACCCCCUCAACCCUCCAAUCCACCACCUCCACCAUGAUGGCCGGCGCAUUAACCCUCGCACUAAGCCACAUCAACCGACGCACACUAGCAUGGAAUGAAGCGCACGGAGGGGACAUCGACACCUCCAACCCCAACGACCCAUCAUCUACCACAUCCACAUCCUCAUCCUCAAAUACAAAAGGAACCGCGGAGUCCACCCUCCAAUCACGCAUCCUCAUCCUCUCCGUAUCCAGCUCCACAGGCUCAGCGCAUCAAUACAUCCCAAUCAUGAAUGCCAUAUUCGCCUGCCAGAGACUUCAUAUUCCGAUUGAUGUGUGCAAGGUAUCUGGUGAUGCGGUGUUCCUGCAGCAAGCGUCGGAUGCGACCAAGGGGGUGUAUAUGGCGUUGGAUGAGCCGAAGGGGUUAUUGCAGUACUUGAUGAUGGCGUUUUUGCCGGAUCAGAGGAGUAGACGGCAUUUGGUGCUGCCGACGAGGGUGGAUGUGGAUUUUAGGGCCGCGUGUUUUUGUCAUAGACGGGUCGUGGAUGUGGGGUUUGUGUGUUCUAUUUGUUUGAGUAUUUUUUGUGAGCCGUUGGGGGAUGGGGUUUGUUUGACUUGCGGGAGUCGGUUGGAUGUUAGUGAUUACGGGGCGAAACCGGCUGUCGUGGCGAGAAAGAAGAAGAAGAAGAAGGUCAAGGGGAAUGGAGUGUCUGCGGCAGGGACGCCUACUCCUACGCCGACGCCGGGGCCGUGA